UGCAGCUCCCUAAUGUUUAGCAGGACAGCGCAGAGCACAGGGAUCUGACCACCGGUAGGGGGCACACUACUGAGGUUGUAGCGCUGUAGAGAACGCUCCCCGUCUACGCCUGUUGCUAUUCACAGAAUCGAGAUAGGACAUCAACGGUCUACAUUCUCUACUGUCGCAAAGCCGCCUCCCUGCCGUAUUCCGCGGACGGCUUGUGAGUGGUAAGAUGGCGAACAGCUUGCAGCUGGCGUGUGAUGCCUACCAGCGGGCGGUCACCGCCUCCGACAUCGAAUCCAAGACGGAUCCGGAGACUGAGCCGUAUCGCUCCAAGUACCGUGCCCGGGAGUUACUGCGGGAGGUGAGGGCGCUGCUGGGCCCGGGAGCCGAGGAGGAGAGCGGCGAGGGGCAGGCUGGCUCCCAGGAGGACGAUGGGGAUGAGGGGCGGCUGCUGGCUGCACGGCUGGCUGUCAUUGAAUUCCGACUGGGGGUGAAUCACACGGAGACGGAGGAGAUGUCCGCGGGAGAGGAGCACCUGGUGAAGGGGGUGCGGUUACUGGAGCGGUACCGGCUGUCACAUGACUGCGUCUCCACCUACAUCCAGGCGCAGAAUAAUCUUGGGAUCCUUUGGGCUGACAGAGGAGAGAUAAUCAUAGCUCAGACUUAUUUGGAGUCUGCUGAGUCCUUGUACUGCCAGUAUAUGAAAAUGAUUGGGAAGCCUCCGCUUGAUCCUGAUGAACAUUUUACACCUGAGGAGCAAAGACUCACAGAGCAGGAGAGAGCAAAGAGGUUUGAGAGGAUUUAUACCCAUACACUCUAUUAUCUGGCACAAGUUUACAAACACCUGAAGCAGGAUGAAAGGGCGGCCCAGUACUGUCAUACCACUCUACAGAGGCAACUGGAAUAUGACGGCUAUAACCCAGUGGAGUGGGCAAUAAAUGCAGCUACAUUGUCACAGUACUAUCUGGGAAAGCAAUGUUACAUGGAGGCUAGGCACUGCCUCGCUGCGGCCAACGUCAUUUUCGCCAAAGCUGGGCAAAUCCCUUCCUCUGGAGCAGUAAAAGAAAAUGAAGCAGAACAGGAACGCCUAGAUGGUCUCAGACAAAAGAAGGCAGAAAUAGCCAGGUGCUGGGUGAAAUAUUGUCUCAAUUUAUUGGCGGAUGCACGUAAAAAGCUAGAGGACAAUAUAGGUGAACUUGAUGUUGACCUUCAGGAAGAACUUAAAGCUGAACGUAAAAAGCAGGAAGAUGAGAAGGAAAAGGGUUGGAAGAAGGCAGUCUUGUUUGGAUUAAGUGACGUAUAUGAUUCCAUUUUAGCCGUGGAAGAAAAAGUUGACUGGUCACUCCCUCUAGACUUUAAGGAAGCCAGGGAGAUAUUCCUUGUGGGGCAGAAUUAUAUUAAUGAGGCCAAAGAAUACUUUCAGCUGGAUGGACAUGUCACCGACCACAUAGAAGUGAUCCAGGACCACAGUGCUCUGUUUAAGGUUCUGGCUUUUUUUGAGGAAGACUAUGAACGGCGAUGUAAAAUGCACAAGCGCAGAGUAGAUAUGCUGGAACCAUUAUGUAAAGAGUUAAACCCUCAGUACUAUCUUCUGGUUUGUCGACAGCUUCAGUUUGAGAUGGCGGACACCUAUUAUGAGAUGAUGGAUUUGAAGGUUGCUAUAGGAAAUAAACUGGACGAGAUGGACUCCCACAUAAUCAAGAAAAUCAACAGCCUGGCACAGUCAGCAAUCAAGUAUUACGAGAUGUUUCUGGAUUCCUUAAGAAGUCCGGAUAAGAAGUUCCCCGAAAAAUUGGAGGAUGACGUUCUUCGCCCUGCAUUGGUAGCCAAGUUCCAUAUUGCACGUCUUUAUGGAAAGCUUAUUACCGCUGAUGGAAAGAAACAAUUAGAAAACAUACAGAUAUCUCUUACCUAUUACAAAUUUCUUGUAGAUUACUGUGCAAACUACGAAGAGGCCAUUAAAUCGGUGGAGACAGAGUUAGAACUCUCCAAGGAAAUGGUGGCUCUCCUCCCUGCACGAAUGGAAAGGUUAAGGAUACAAUUAUCCUCUUUUUCCUAAGGUGUACUGUGCAAUUAGAUUUACAGGUCUAUUUAUUGAUCCGAAUACUCUACAAAUGUAACAAUAAAAAUAGUGUAUUUAAGAAGCAAAUAAUAUGUAAAAGGAAAGAGGAAAUGUGUAAUCAGAAAAUGACAAAUUAUAUAAUCAAGUUUUUAUGUGAAACUUAUUUAAGAUUUUUCUUUUCUUUAAUUAAAGAAAACAAAAAAAAAUGUUCAUGUCCCCAGAGGGGAGAAAAAAUCCAGAAAUCUUGCAGUCUUUACUGUGGCCACUAAGCCUUAUAAUAUGCUGAUACUUCUUGUAGAGAUCACUUCUCAGCACUCAAUCAUGUCAAGGAGGAUUACUGUUAAAAGCAACACAGCUCCCCUCCUCCCCCACUCUGUACAGGGAUAGAGGCUGCAUAGAACACUCAAAUUGUGGUACCAAGUAGGGCUGGGCGGUAUACCGGUUCAUACCAAAUACCGAAAUUUUUGUGCUGCACGAUAUGAAUUUUAACCCAUACCGCAAUAACGGUUUGGCCCCGAUGUCGGGGAACUAAUAAUAUGUGACCCCCGAGCGCUGUUCUGCCCCCCCCCCCCCCCAAAUUAUCAGCCCAGAGCUGCGCUGUCCCAAUAGGGGUAAAUACUCACAUAUCACCCGCAAGCACUGCCCUCCUCUUCCUCCUGUUUGUUGCAGCCGGCGGUGCUGACACUCUAUACCAGUGGUCUUCAACCUGCGGACCUCCAGAUGUUGCAAAACUACAACUCUCAGCAUGCCCGGACAGCCAACGGCUGUCCGGGCAUGCUGGGAGUUGUUGUUAUGCAACAUCUGGAGGUCCGCAGGUUGAAGACCACUGCUCUAUACUGUGUGGUAUCCCUAUGCCCGGGCUGCAAAAAAUAAACAAAAUAAACUUUAACUCGCCUCCCGUUGGUCCGGUACAGGCCUAACCUGCUUCUUGGGGACGGGAACAUAGGAAAGCAGUCAGCCUAUCACCGGCCGCAGGAGGAGGAGGAAAUACCGUUAUAUACCGUGGAAAGUUACAAAGAUACAAAAGUAACCGCCAAAAGUUACAAAAAUGCCGUGAUACACACAUUUGGUCAUACCGCCCAGCCCUAGUACCAAGUGUAUAUAUAUAUAUAUAUAUAUAUAUAUAUAUAUAUAUAUAUA